AUGCUAGAAAAGAAACAACACCUUUUUGAAAAUUUGUUUGCGUAUCAUAGUAGACUUCGCAUAAUAAACUUAUCAAAUAAUCAGCUUCAAAAGAUUCCUAAAGAAAGUUUUAAAUAUAACAAAAGAAUUGAAAAAAUAGACCUUUCGUCCAAUCAGCUUGAGCAAUUAGAUCUCGAUUUGAUGGACUUGUAUCAUCUACGAGUGUUAGAUAUUAGUAACAACAACAUUAAAGUUCUAGACGAGAUUUCUAUCAACAGUCUUAAUGGAGUUCCUUGUGUAGCUAAUCACACUCAUUGUUUAGUCAAAAUGAUGUCAAACCCAUUCCUUUGUUCAACAUGCGACUACAGAUCUUCUAUCCAAUGCCUCGUUCGAUUGAAAUCGUUUAGUAGCGAGCAACAAGAUUUAAAAUGCAUGUCUGAAGAUAAAACUGUCAUAAGUAUUGAUGAAUCUGCUACAAGAGGAAUUCAAAAUAUAUGCAACAGAAAACUGAUCAUCAUAACAUCGACUGUAAGCAUAUCUGUUGUUUUUAUGGCAGUUGGUGUAAUAUGUGUCAUUCUACACAAAAGAAAGAGGAAAUUAAAGCGGAAGAGGAACAUGGACAAUGUUAUAAAUAAUUUAAUAGCUGGCCAGGGACAGUAUGAGUUUGUUGCCUUUCUUUUAUAUAGUAGUGGCGAUUACCAAUUUGUACAAGACCACGUGAUAGACCAACUGAACGAAAAUCUAAAAUUGAUCAUUGGAACGGAUCGAAAUCUUAUAUGCACUGGAGACCAAUAUUUUCGACCUGGCUUUAAUAUUCAUGAUGAAACAGAACUAUGUCUGGACAGAGCUUCUGUGGUCAUUCUUCUUCUGUCGAAUAACUUUUGUCGCAGCUCAUAUUGCCGAAACGAGUUUGAUCAGGCAUAUAUGCAGAGAAAACCUGUCGUUUUGAUGCUGUUAGGAAAUGUAGAAGAAGAGUUAAUGAUGCCUACGUUGAAAAACUUGUAUAAGAGAGACGUCCGAAUUUUAUGGAAAAUUGAAAACGAGCAAGUUGUUCUAAAUACCACAUGGGAAAACAUAUGUUCUUCUUUGCUGGAAAAGGUGCAAGUUUAG